GGGCAGGGCUUUCCUGCACAACAGAAUAAGAGCAUGGCGCAGGGAGUGGAUCUCAAACGCCCAGUGGCCUCCAUGUUGGCUUGGCCUGCGGACAUGUGGUCCUUGGGCGUGAUGACUUACAUUCUGCUGGACGGGAGGCCCCCUUUCCAGGGCCCCAACGACCGCGCCACCUGCAAGCGCAUCCGCACAGGGCUCUAUUCCUUCCCAGCGGAGCGCUGGCAUCGCAUCUCCAACGCGGCCCGCGAUUUUGUGCGGGCGCUGCUGGAGAUAGACCCCAACAGGCGGCUGAGCGCGGAAGAGGCUCUGGACCACGAGUGGCUGAAGGUUGAUUGGGCCUUGGAUUCGGACGAGGCCGCUCCGCCUCUCGACGCCGAAGUGCUCGAAGGUAUGCGCGCCUUCGCGCGCAGCAACUGCCUGAAGCGUGCCGUGCUGAGCGCGGUGGCGCCGGUGGCCACGGUGGAGAAGGUCUCCCACUGGGCGGACCAGUUCGAGGCCCUCGACGUGCGCAAGGAGGGCACGGUCAGCGUCAAGGACUCGGGGGCAACGAUAGGGGGGGAGCGGCUCAGGGGGGGACGCAUCGACCCCCCCCUCCUCCUCCUCCUUUCCCUCCUCCUCCUCCUCGUCCUCGUCCUCCUCCUCCUCCUCCUCCUCCUCCUCCUCAUCCUCCUCCUCCUCCUCCUCAUCCCGAUGGGGGACCGAUGGCCCCACCCCGCCCAGGAACUUGCGGAUUCGCCAUCGGGGGCCUUCCAGAGGGGGUCCGAGCAGACGGUGUCGGAGUCUCGCGCCCAGCUCGAUGUGGAGCCCGAUUUUCCCCACGCCGACGUCACCGCUGCAUCGCCGACGUCGCCAGUGCAUCGCCAAUGCAUCGCCGAUACAUCUCCGAUGCAUCGCUGA